GAAAUAUUUUAACAAUUUGGUUCAAUUCAUCUCUCCUCUUUCCUUCAUCUGCCAUUUGUUUUCUAUAAUUCUAUCCUUCCAUCUAUUUUAUCUUUAUCCCAAAAAAAUUCAUCCAUUUUUUCCCAAAUGGAUCAUCUUGAUGAUUUUUGGAAGUCUUUUCAUGUCUAUUUUAUCCUUAUCUUCAUCAUAGUUUUUCUCUUUACUCUUAUCUUGUAUAUAGUGAGGCUAAAACUUUGGUGCAAUUGUGAAAUUUGCCAUGCUUACAUCACAAAAAGUUGGUCUUCACAAUUCAUCAAUUUGUGUGAUUGGUACACACAUCUUCUAAAACAAUCACCAAAUAGAACAAUACACAUACAUGUUCUAGGCAAUAUCAUCACUUCAAAUCCUCAAAAUGUUGAGUACAUGCUCAAAACAAGAUUUGAGAAUUACCCAAAAGGGAAAACUUUCUCUACUAUCUUGGGUGAUUUUCUUGGUAGGGGAAUAUUUAAUGUUGAUGGGGAUUUAUGGAGAUUUCAAAAGAGAAUUUCAAGUCUUGAACUUGGAAAAGUCUCUAUAAGAUCAUAUGCAUUUGAAGUGGUAAAAAAUGAGAUUGUCAAAAGGCUUCUUCCACUUUUAGAUGAAUAUAAACAAGCAUCAAAAUUAUCAGCUGAAAGAGCCAUGACUACAUCCCCUAUUGUUUGGAAAAUCAAGAGAUUUUUAAACAUAGGGAGUGAAAAAGAGUUGAGGGAAGCAAUAAAAAUGAUCAAUAUUCUGGCACAAGAAGUCAUAAGACAAAAGAGAAAAUUAGGUUUUUCAAAUCAUAAGGAUCUUCUUUCAAGAUUCAUGGGAUCAAUAAGUGAUGAAACUUAUUUGAGAGACAUUGUCAUAAGCUUUCUCCUAGCCGGUAGGGACACUAUAACAUCUGCUUUAACAAGUUUCUUUUAUGUGAUUGUGAACCAUCCAGAAGUCGCUAAAGCCAUUAGAGAAGAAGCUGAUCGAGUUCUUGGUCCAAAUAAAGACCUCACAAGUUGUGAACAAAUGAGUGAGCUUCAUUAUCUACAAGCAUCUAUUUAUGAAAGUAUGAGACUUUACCCUCCUAUUCAAUUUGAUUCAAAGUUUUGUUUAGAAGAUGAUUUUUUACCUGAUGGGACUUUUGUGAAAAAGGGAACAAGGGUUACUUAUCAUCCUUAUGCUAUGGGAAGAAUGGAGGAAUUAUGGGGUUGUGAUGCUUUGGAGUUUAACCCUCAAAGAUGGUUGAAAGAUGGUGUUUUUGUCCAAGAAAAUCCAUUCAAGUAUCCAGUUUUUCAAGCUGGACUUAGGGUGUGUUUGGGGAAACAAAUGGCACUUGUUGAGCUUAAAAGUGUGUCUCUCUCUUUGCUAAGGCGAUUUCAUGUCGAAUUAGCUCAACCAUAUCACCACACCCCUCGGUUCUCUCCUGGCCUCACUGCCUCUUUCAACGGUGGCUUAUUGGUUUCAGUGCAAGAAAUAAGUCCAUAAGUUACAAACGUGGAUUCAGAAUGGUUGUGAUUGAUUAUACACACUAUCAAAAAGUAUUUCACAUGUGUAUAUAUCGUUCAAGUCAAAAGUAGUAAAUUCAGUUGAACCUACUGAACUCGCUCUACUUGAAGUAGUAACUUAACUAUAUGUGGCAUAGCAUAUUCAAGCAACCCUGAUCUUGGAAGGCCAAAGCUAGCAGUUCUAUUUUGUGGUAAGCUAAAUCAUUUCAUGGAGGAUGAAACUCAUUUCAGAUAUCAAGUAAGAAGUUUUUCCCUCUUUUAGCUAGGCAAAAUAUUAUUUAUGUUAUGGCAUAUUCUAAAUAUUUGCUUUCAAGCUAAGUGGUUUUUUUUUUUUUACAAAUUAUAUAUGUUUUAGCUAUGAAUUAAGAAGAUGGUAUAUAUGUAAUUUGUUUCUUGAUAUGUUGUAGAAGUUGUGUAUAUAUAUACGUAUUG